CUGUACCUCCAACCCUCCCCCCGUAUCAGAGAAGUAGAAACAACAAGCCGCCAUUUUGUUUGUGCGGACAGACCGUCAGAAACAGGAGAUAACCGAGAGAAGGAGCGACUCCGGUAAUCGACGGCAGCCGCUCCGGGAACCCCCGGGGGACGAAAAAGUGGCGAAAUCCUGCGCCGUGUUAUCAAGAGAGCGAAAGCCCCACCAAAACGAUAAGACGCCAGUGGAGGGGAAAGCGAGUCCGUGAUAUAUAUGUGUGCAUGAGAAGGAAACACUCCGAAAAAUCCAAGGAAGGGGGUGUUUUACAAAAAGGAGAGGCGGAAGAGGGCUGUAAAUUAUCAUAACGAGGAAAAACCUGAGGAAAAGGGGGAAAUCAACAUGAAAAAUCAUUAUGUGUCCGUCGAGGAGGAAGGAAAGAGUCCGCAUAGACAAUUAUAUAAAUAAAUUGCUGCCGGGCAGAAGGGAGAGGUGGAAAGAAAGACGGGUUUAAAGAGAAGGGGAAAAUUGCCAAGAUCAACACGAAGGGGGGCAUUCUCCAUCACAAAGAGUCAAUGAGAGGAUUUUGUCAGCCCAAAAUAUUUUAGGGGGGGUGUCAACAUUAUUUUGCCGAGCUGAAGCUUUGCGCUUCCGAAAUAGCCAUAAUUUCUUAACGACCACCGUCAAUUUUUAUCAGGUUUUUCUGGCUGUCGCCGUAGCUGUGCUCCUGUUUUUGGUUGAAAUCUUUCUUUUUCUCUUCGCUUGCAUGGCCAAGACGUCCAAUAAGCGGUGAAUGACAGGUAUAUUUUUGGAAAAUGUAUCAGUCUUUGCAUUAUCUGAGAUUUCAAGUGUUUAAAGCAAGUGAAAACCUACAGGAGGAACCUCUUCUAAAGAUAAGUAACCCCACAGAUCAGCCUCUGCAAAAUAAAACUAAUUGGAUCGAUCUGACUGUCCCCUGAUUGGCAAUUAGCGCCGUGAUUGAAGAACAACACUGUCAAAAAAAGUCUUAAACAGGAGCAGUGAUUUUUCUGACAAGGCUUUACAUUUUCAACCUUUGCAAACCCUGCUGACUGCAAAAGGCAUAAUCGCGCAAAAGGGUUGCAACAGCCAAAUGUGCAAUACUGACCCAGUGCCUUGCAUGGUCAAACACUACGUGCACAGUUUAGUCAGCAUGCACAUGCAAAAGAUAAUUCGUGCAUGAAAAUAUACAUCACCAGUAGAUAAUGUUAUCUGAGUAAGUGCAAGUGUGGGAUUCCAGUGUUUUCAUCUUUUGCAGAACUGUUAAUUUAUUCAGUUACUGUUAAGCCAUUGCAAGUUAUUUCCCCCCCUCAGUGUUACUCUUACUCUAUAACGGUAUUGCACAAGUGCUGGCUGGUGGUCUCCACACGCCGGGUGGUUGCCUUUUUGAAACGUGAAAGGAAUCGGUGGGAUGUCUGGUCGGGAGAGAGACACUGUAAAUACAGCCAAAGAUCUCGUAACUGUUGCAUGAGAAAUCAGCCUCCAGGAGUUUACACGGCAAUACCCCUGGCUUGUGUUUUUGGAUCACAUUUAGCCCGUCGUUUUCCUCACCGAGACUCUCCACCGGAACAUUUCAGACCUGAGAUACAGGAUUUCUCCGCCGACUAUGGCGGACAGGACUGAGUGCAGCACGGAGGACGGGUCUUGGGACAAUUUUUGUGUCGCAGAAGAGGCCACAUGAGGUUGUCAGAGGGCCGCACGUUUGCCUGUUCAGCGACUCCACCUUCCCACCUCCUGUUCAGAUCAGCGAAGGAACAAAAUCUCCAAGAGGGGAGGGGGACUGGUAUCUGCAGAGAGGAAUAAACCGAGAGAGAGGACCGUGAGGGAAAGUGUUCACCAUUGCUGUUCUCCCCUACCGUCUCCCCGAGCGGUGGGGGACCGAUCAGAAGCAUUUCUUAAAGGGAAAUACGUUUGGCCCUCCGUGGAUCUUCAACUAUUUUUUUUAAUUCGUCAAAAAUAUGGCCGAUAAUGUCCUGGAGUCCGGCCCGCCUUCAGCCAAGAGGCCCAAGCUAUCCUCUCCAGCUCUCUCGGUGUCUGCCAGUGAUGGAAAUGACUUUGGUUCCCUCUUUGACUUGGAACAUGACCUCCCAGAUGAGCUCAUCAGUUCCUCGGACCUGGGACUGACCAAUGGAGGGGAUCCUAGCCAACUGCACACCAGUCUUGGAGCGGUUGGAGGAGGGGCUGAUGUUGGAGGAGGCCAGGAUGCAGCUGCAAAACACAAACAGCUGUCUGAACUCUUGCGUGCUGGAGCAUCUACACAGCAGGGUGGCCCUGCAUCUAACAGCACAGCACCUGGGGCUGCCAUGGGGAUGAUGGGGGGUGUCGGUGUCUCCCCCAGUGGACCUCAAGGCCUGCCCCCCCAGGGCCAGCAGCAGCAACCUGGAUUAAUGCAGCAGGUUGGAAUAGUUGGAGGGGUGGCCGCACUCAAUCGGGCAGCUGCCAUGAUGGGUGCCCAGAAGGGCAACACUGGACAGCAGCAGCAAGGGCUAAUGGGGGGGCAGGUGAUGAAUGGCUCACCAAGAAUGGGUUACCCUGGCAGUGCAGGCAUGGGUAACAAUGGUAACCUGUUGGCGGAAACCCUACAGCAGCAAGGUCAGCAAAUGGGACCUGGGGGUCCAGCAGGGAUGAGGCCACAGCCGCCUGGAUCACUGAACAAGAUGAAUAUGAUGGCCAAUGCGGGCCCCUAUGGUGGUCCGUACGGCCAGUCUGCAGGCCAGGGGCUUCCUGGAGCAGGGCUGGGCCCACAGCUCCAGAAUAAGCCAGGCCUCCCCAACAACAUGACCCCCCAGUUCAACAUGGACAAGAAGGCACCACCGAGUCAGGGCAUGCCUGGGAUGGCCCCCCAGCAGCAGCAGCAGCAGCAGCUUCCGCCGCCCCGGGGGGUGGUGUCUGUCGCAGGAGCAGCAGCAGGGGGAGGGCCCCGGGUUGGGCUGAGUGCUGUAGGGGCAGGUCCCGGCACAGCGCCCCCUACUGCCGAUCCUGAGAAGCGGAAGCUGAUUCAACAGCAGCUGGUCCUCCUGCUUCAUGCACACAAGUGCCAGCGGAGGGAGCAGGCCAACGGUGAAGUGCGACACUGCAACCUGCCCCACUGUCGCACCAUGAAGAACGUGCUCAACCACAUGACUCAUUGCCAGGCUGGCAAGUCCUGCCAGGUUGCACACUGUGCCUCGUCCAGACAGAUCAUUUCUCAUUGGAAGAACUGCACACGACACGACUGUCCUGUUUGCCUGCCACUGAAAAGUGCUGGAGACAAGAGGAACCAGCAGUCUCUUGUCAACACUGCAGGGGUGGGUUUGGUGAACUCUUUAGGUUCAGGCGUGUCGGGUGGGCAGUCCAACGCUCCGAACCUGAACCCUCCAAACCAGAUUGACCCCAGCUCCAUAGAGAGGGCCUAUGCUGCACUGGGCCUCACUUACCAGGGCAACCAGAUGCCACAGCAGCCACCACAAGCCAACAUGCCAAACCAGGGACUGCAGGGGCAGCCUGGGAUGAGACCUCUAAACACCAUGGGAGGGAACUCUAUGGGAGUAAAUGGUGGAGUGGGGGUGCAGCCCCCCAGCCAGCAGUCCACCCUACUGCCAGACGCCAUGUUGCACAACAGCAUGAAUGCACAGAGUUUGAUGAAUGAUGGUGUGGGAAAUGUGGGUUCCAUGCCCACAGCAGGUCCUCCUUCUGUUGCUGGUAUGAGGAAGUCUUGGCAUGAAGACAUCAAGCAGGACCUCCGCAACCACCUUGUCCACAAGCUUGUGCAGGCCAUCUUCCCUACUCCUGACCCAGCUGCACUGAAGGAUCGGCGGAUGGAGAAUCUGGUGGCUUACGCUCGAAAAGUAGAGGGAGACAUGUACGAGUCAGCCAACAGCAGGGCAGAGUACUACCACCUGCUGGCAGAGAAGAUCUACAAAAUCCAAAAGGAGCUGGAAGAAAAGAGGAGGACACGCCUGCAGAAGCAGGGCAUGAUGCCCAGUCAGCCAGGCAUAUCCCCCUCAGGCCUCCCGCAGGGCCCCCCCAGCUUGGGACAACCGCCCAUAGCCCCAGGGCAGCCCCCAAACGGUCCUCACGCCGAUCCAUCCAUGGUCCGACCAGCUGGGCCCAAUCAGAUGGUCAGCAGGAUGCAGAGCCCAGCGGGAAUGAGCCAGUUUGGUCAGAUGGGGAUGCAGUCGAUGGGUCAGAGGUCGACACCCCCUCUUCCACUUAAUGCUCCAGUGAACCAGAUGGGUAUGGGAGCAACAAGGAUGGGUCAGCCCAGUGCCACACAGUUACAGAACCAGUAUCUCCCUCAAGGCCAGUUUCCUGUGUCCAGUCCUGGACUUGGUUCUGGUCCCGUUGGUAUGAACCAGCCAGGAGCACAGACUGCUGUGCCACCGCAGAACCAGAUGCCAACUCCACCUUCUCUCCCAGCCAGCAGCCCCGCAGCACCGUCCGCCGCUGGAGCCCCUGGAGGCUCCGUGGGGUCUGGUAGUACCAGUGGUGCCACACCUGUACCAAACUUGCCUCCAUCCUCCACCCCGACCCAACCUAACUCCUACCCUCACUGCCCACCCAUCCGAACAAACUCGCCAUCCCCAGCGCGCAGCUUAACGCCUCAACCCCAUCAGACACCCCCCAGAGUGCCUGGUUCUCAGACUCCCCAGCCACAGACCCCCAGCACAUCACAGCUGCCCCCUCUACAGCACCCCCAGCAACAGCAACAACAAGUUUUGCAACACUCAUCUGAGGUGGUGAACUCUGAGAAGGCCAGUCAGCUUCCACAGCAGACACUUGGGAGUGUGGCUUCUUCAGGCCCCCACAAUUCUUUGGUGCCUCCCCAGAAUGCUCAUGUGUCAUUGCAGCUGCCCCCGACUCCGUUAUCUCAGAAGGCUUCUCUGACAGCGGACGGUCAGGUGUCCUCUCCAGCCUCAGUCAACAGCAGUGCUGAUCCCAGCUCCCAGCUCGCACCGGCAGACGGCCCUCCUCCCAGCCAGGAAGAUGUCAAAGUGGAGAUGAAGAAGCAGGAGGAGGAUGACGAAGGGGCUGACAUUCAAGGAGAUGGCAAGGGCAAAAUUGGCAAGGGUCAGCCUGACGUGAAGAUGGAGGAAAAGCCAGAGAUCAAGAAAGAGAAGCCAUCAGGAGAGGGGUGUAAAGAUGAGCCCAUGGACACAUCUUCAUCCUCUGCGUCUUCCUCAGCAGCAGCAGGUGAAGACAAGAAGCGAGAGUUGAAGAAAGAGCCCAAAGAGGAGGAGGAGGGGUCGGGGUCAACAGCCACCAACAGCUCCUCAGUCAGCACUCAAAGCAAGAAGAAAAUCUUUAAGCCAGAGGAGCUGCGCCAGGCACUGAUGCCCACCCUGGAAGCUUUGUACCGGCAGGACCCUGAGUCCCUUCCCUUCCGUCAGCCGGUUGAUCCCCAGUUACUGGGAAUACCCGACUACUUUGAUAUCGUGAAGAACCCCAUGGACCUGUCAACCAUCAAGCGGAAGCUGGACACUGGGCAGUACCAAGAGCCGUGGCAAUACAUCGAGGACAUCUGGCUGAUGUUCAACAACGCCUGGCUGUACAACCGCAAGACAUCCCGCGUCUACAAGUACUGCUCCAAACUGGCUGAGGUGUUUGAGGCAGAGAUCGACCCCGUCAUGCAGGGACUGGGAUACUGUUGUGGGAGAAAGUUUGAGUUUUCCCCCCAAACUCUAUGCUGCUAUGGAAAACAGUUAUGCACCAUCCAACGUGACGCUGCUUACUUCAGCUACCAGAACAGGUACCACUUCUGUGAGAAGUGUUUCAACGAAAUCCAGAGCGAGAGUGUUUCCCUGGGGGACGACCCCUCCCAACCUCAAACGUCCAUCAGCAAAGACCAGUUCCAACGAAAGAAGAAUGACACACUCGAUCCUGAGUUGCUUGUGGAGUGUAUUGACUGCGGUCGUAAAAUGCACCAGAUCUGUGUCCUGCAUAAUGAAACCAUAUGGCCGUCAGGCUUUGUAUGUGACAACUGCCUCAAAAAGGCCAAUAAGACACGGAAAGAGAACAAAUACGCAGCCAAAAGGCUUCCUCAGACCAAGUUAGGGAGCUAUUUGGAGACACGAGUGAAUGACUACCUCAAGCGACAGAACCACUCCGAAUCUGGUGAGGUCACCAUCCGAGUGGUCCAUGUCUCAGACAAGAUGGUCGAGGUCAAGCCGGGCAUGAAGUCCAGGUUUGUGGACAGCGGAGAGAUGGCCGAGUCCUUCCCGUACAGGAUGAAAGCCUUGUUUGCAUUUGAGGACAUCGAUGGAGCAGAUGUGUGUUUUUUUGGCAUGCACGUUCAAGAGUACGGCUCGGACUGCCCACCUCCCAAUCAGAGGCGAGUGUACAUCUCUUACCUGGACAGCGUACACUUCUUCAGACCUCGACACCUCCGGACUGCUGUCUACCAUGAGAUCCUGAUGGGCUACCUGGAGUAUGUGAAGAGGCUGGGGUUUACAACAGGGCAUAUCUGGGCCUGUCCACCCAGUGAAGGGGAUGAUUACAUCUUCCACUGUCACCCGGUGGACCAGAAGAUCCCCAAGCCAAAACGCCUGCAGGAGUGGUACAAGAAGAUGCUGGACAAGGCUGUUGCUGAGCGCAUUGUCCAUGAUUACAAGGACAUCUUCAAGCAGGCGACUGAGGACCGGCUAACCAGUGCCAAGGAGCUGCCAUACUUCGAGGGUGACUUCUGGCCCAAUGUGCUGGAGGAGAGUAUCAAGGAGCUGGAGCAGGAGGAGGAGGAGAGGAAGAGGGAGGAGAACAGCACCUCCAGUGAGAGCACAGAUGCCACAAAAGGAGACAGCAAAAAUGCCAAAAAGAAGAACAAUAAAAAGACGAGCAAGAACAAGAGCAGCUUGAGUCGAGCCAACAAGAAGAAACCAGGGAUGCCCAGUGUUUCCAAUGACCUUUCUCAGAAACUCUAUGCCACUAUGGAGAAACAUAAGGAGGUCUUCUUUGUCAUCCGCCUCAUUGCUGGUCCCACCGCCAACUCCCUGCCCUCCAUCACUGACCCGGACCCCCUGAUGGCUUGUGACCUGAUGGACGGCCGUGAUGCCUUCCUGACUCUUGCCAGGGACAAGCACCUGGAGUUCAGCUCCCUCAGGAGGUCCAAGUGGAGCUCCAUGUGUAUGUUGGUGGAGCUGCAUAACCAGAGCCAGGACCGCUUCGUCUACACCUGCAACGAGUGUAAACACCAUGUGGAGACCCGCUUCCACUGCACUGUCUGUGAGGACUAUGACUUGUGCAUCACCUGCUACAACACUAAAGGUCAUGAGCACAAGAUGGAUAAGUUGGGACUUGGGUUGGAUGACGACAGCAACAACCAGUCAGCAGCCGCUACCCAGAGCCCCGGAGACUCCCGUCGCCUAAGUAUCCAGCGCUGCAUUCAGUCGCUGGUCCACGCCUGCCAAUGCCGCAACGCCAACUGCUCCCUGCCAUCCUGCCAGAAGAUGAAGCGUGUUGUUCAGCACACAAAAGGCUGCAAGCGCAAGACGAACGGCGGCUGCCCCAUCUGCAAGCAGCUUAUUGCUCUGUGCUGCUACCAUGCCAAACACUGUCAGGAGAACAAAUGUCCAGUCCCGUUCUGUCUGAACAUCAAGCAAAAGCUCCGGCAGCAGCAGCUGCAGCACCGGCUCCAGCAGGCUCAGAUGUUAAGGAGAAGAAUGGCCAGCAUGCAGAGGGUGGGGCAGCCGGCUGGAGGGCCAUCAGGGGGGCCCAUGGCCGGGCUUCCAUCACCAGGAAACAGUGGUACCACAGCACCCAGUACCCCAACAUCUGGCGGAACCCAACCCCCAACUCCCCAAACCCCAACUCAGUCCAUGCCUCCAGUGCCGCAGCAGGGAAUGGGUCCAGGACCUGGAGUACAGCAGCAACCACAGCCAGGUGGGAUGCCUUCACAGAGUGGUGGGAUGCCUCCGCAGCACCCCCUUCACCACCAGUUCCAGCAGGUAGUAGGUGGAGGUGGUGGGGCUGGGGGAAUAAUGGGUUCUCCCCAACAUCAGCAGCAGAUGCUUUCUCAGGUCCAGCAGCAGCAAAGUGGAGCAGGGGCCAGUGGUCAGCAACUACAGCAGCAUCCAAACAACUUGCCCCCAUAUGCCAGCAGACCCCCCGGCUCCUCCCCCAUCCACCAGUCCCAGGGUAAACCAGUCCUUGGCUCUGCAACACCUCCCCAUCAGCAGCCUGGUGGCUCUGUCAUGGUUGGAAGCGUUGGGGGCCAGCAGACUCCUAAUCAGCCCCAGGGCCAGCUUCCCCUUCCACAGCAGCAACAGCAGCCUUCUGCUGGCCCUCCACAGGCAGCAGUAGAGAUUGCCAUGAAGAUCCAACAGGUAGCCGAUGCUCAGAGGAAAAUGGCUCUGCAGAGACAAGCCGCCAAGGCCACUGCAGGCAUGAUGUCCCCUCACCAUCAACAGGGUCAAGGUCAGCAGAUGGGCGUGGGGCACCCAGGGUCAGUAGGGGUGGGUGGACCCCAGGGCAUCCCUCCACAGUCACAGGCAGCAGUGGCUGCUGCUCGUGCUCACAUGGAUCAGCAACAAGGUGCUGUGCCGGGGAUGAUGGGGGGCCCCAUGCAGCAACCCCCUCAGCAGGGUAACCUGCCCCAGGGCCAGCUCCCCCCUCAGGUGCAGCUUCAACAGCCGAGAAUGGGUGCACCACUCCAAAACCCUCAACAACCUCAACAGCAGUGGACUGGUCCGGGGAUGCCACCCCAGCAGAGACAAGCUCUGAUGAACCAAAUGGGCCAUUCAGCCAUGAUGGCAGCUCAGCAGCAGCAGCAGCAGCAACAGGCUCAGGGCCAUGCUGCCUUGAUGAAUAUGGCACAGCAGCAGCAGGGGCCCGGGGGGGGGGUCGCCGCGGGAUUUGGCGCAGCUGCUGUUCUGGGGGCUGCUGGUGGGAACAUCCCCCAGGCAGCCCUCCAGGACCUGUUACGCACUCUGCGCUCACCUAGCUCACCACUCCAGCAGCAGCAAGUCCUCAACAUCUUGCGCUCUAAUCCACAGCUCAUGGCUGCUUUUAUUAAGCAGAGAGCCUCAAAAUACAAGGGGGUGCAGGGGCCCCCCGGCGGACCAGGCGGUGUACCAGGAGGUCCUGGGCCCACAGGGGCUCCUGUUGGUAAUGUCAUGGCAGGGGGGGGGGCACAGGGGGAGAUGAAUAAAAAAGUGGCAGCUCUGCAGCAGCAGCAGCAGCAGCAACAACAACAACAACAACAGCAGCAGCAGCAAGGGGGAGCAAGAGGCAUACAGGGCCAGGGGCCACAGAUGGGAAAUCUCAACAAUCCUCAGUUUAGAGAGAUGCUCAUGAUACGACAUCUCCAGCAUCAGCAACAGAUGGGAGUGAAUCAUGGGCAGUUCCAGCAGCCACAGCCACCGCAGGGCCAGGGCUACAUGGGACAACCUGGAAUGCAGCCUCCUACUGUAGGGCAGGGCCCACCUGGAGGUCCAUCUCUUGGCUCUCAGCAGCCUGGUGGUGCCCCCGGCCAGCAGGGACAAGGUUACCCAGGGUCAGUGGCCCAGCAGCAGGCCACAGCUGCACUCCAGCAGAGGCUCCAGCACCAGCACCAUCUCCAGAUGCAGCAGCAGAAUGCCAUGGCUGGCCUGUCAGGGUGUGAUGCAGGGCCAAGUGGAGGAGCUGUAGGAGGUCCUCCGCAGCCCCCUCAGGGCCCUCAGCCCACUCAAAGUGGCCCUCCACCUCCAUCUACUCAGGCCCUGCUCCAACAGGCUCUCCACCAGAGGCUGCUCCAGCAGCAGCAGCAACACCUGGGUGCUGGGGGGUCACCAGCCCAGCACAGCAACCCCAUGAGCCCUCAGCAGCCACAGCAGAUGUCCCAGUCGCCACACCCCCACUUGCAGGGUCAGGCCCUGCCCACAUCCCUGGCUAACCAGGUGCGAUCCCCACAGCCUUCUCCCAGGCCCCAGUCGCAACCGCCACACUCCAGCCCGUCCCCACGCAUGCAGCCCCAGCCCUCCCCUCAUCACAUCUCCCCCCAGAUGCAGACCAGCUCCCCACACCCAGGCCACCUGAACCAGCACCACCCGGGUAUGGUGGUCCCUCCGCAGCAGCAGCAGCAGCAGAACUCUGUGGAGCACUAUGGCUCGGACCAGAGCACCAUGUUAUCUCAGAUGAGUGGCAUGGCCGGUCUCCACAGGCCGGGGGGCAACAGUCAGGACCCUUUGGGCCAGAACAUAAAUCACAACCCUUUAGACAUCAUAUAGGAAUUCUACGCAACGUGUCAAGUUGAGCUGAUGUGGUUCUUCGCACAAACUGCACUCACCCAGGACAGUGUUAUUGUUACUUAGCCUUUCUUUUUAUACUAUUAUUAAAUGUUAUUUAAAAUGUUUUCAAUAAAGAUGCAUUGAACUGAACUUCCUAUGGGAGAUGAACAAUAAAUCAAACAGUUGUUAAAUAAAUGAGAAUAAAUGAAUUGUAAGUUAUUGCUGUUAAUAUAUUUUUUUUGCCAACUGUGGACAUAGAGGGGGGUGAUUUCUCCAGCACCCCCCACCUCUCCUCCACCUCUUACAGAACACAAAGGUGAUAUUUUCAUGGUCUGGGGGGUAAACAGGAGUACUUGCCUUUUUGAAGAAAUGUUUUUAAGAUUUGAAGAGUGACCGAGAGUUAACGAGGAAAUGAUUUAGUGCAGUUUCUUUCCCGUUGUUCAGUCGGUUCAUUUGUUUUGCAGAGUGAUGUGGAUUAUUAUUAAUGUAAAUCCAGACAUGAUGCAUAUCUUUUUUUUUUCAAAUAUUUAGGUUUUAUUUAUUGUUUUCUUUUGUGCGAGGGUGGGAGACCCUGCUUCAAUUUGUAGAGAAUUAUAUUUUUGUUAUUGACUGUUAGGAUUGGGGUAGUGGCCUGUUUCCUUCAACUUUAAAUGUCUUUCGCUGGGUCUGUCCAGGUGGAAAUAAUUGUCAGUGUUUUAUUGCAGUGCUUGAGGGUCUGCAGUGAGUUUGAAGUGUUGAACAGACAGUUUGUGACGUCCCGACCAGCUUAUUGGACAUCGCUCGUGCUGGAGGGGACUCGUCCCUCACAAACAUGUAAGCCCUCUCCCUUGAAUGUGUGUGCACUCCUUCCUUUAAAGACACUUGAUGUGGAGCAGUGGAGGGUUGGGGAGGGGGUGCAUACCUGUGUGCCUGUAACAUUUUAACUACAUGGGCUGUGAGAAAGGGGUGGGGUGGGCUCCUUCUAGUGUUUUUAGGAUUCUGCUGUUUGGAGUAAACGGAGGAUUUUGAUCCAAAUGAACUGUGUUGCACAGAAAUGAGAAGAAAGGAGGAGAUCCUGCGCCGUCAGUCUCCGUCUCUUUCUGUCUCGUCCCCUUUGCUGCUUCCCUUGGACUUUAAAGCCCCCGCUCCUCAUCCUCAUUAGGAGGAAGUCAAACUCCUUCCCCCUGAUCUCCAUCCUCUUUAUCUUUCUGCUAAGAACUUUGGGAGUUUAAUAUUUUUUACUGUACAAAGGAAACAAACUGUGGACUCAAAUACUGUUUUUAUAAUAAAAUGAAAAUUACCAAUA